GAUUUUAUGAACUUUCUCCCAUUGUUUUAGGCAAUUAUUUAAAGAUUUUCAAAUGGAUCCUGAUAUAAAAAUAAUCUUUUUUGUGAAAAAAUCACAAUAUCUACCAAAUGGCAAAGUAGUUGCUAUUUUAGAUCAAGAUUUCAAUCGAAAAUCCUUGCCUUCCAAUUUAGAAAAUUCAAUUGAGGAGACAUGGAAUAGUAGGAUUGAUACAAAUCCGAAAUUAUAUAAUGGAACAAAAUUUAGAUUACAUUCUGUUAGUGAAGCUUCUGAUAAAACUUUAACUCUGAAUUUAGGUGUGACAUGUUACAAAGAAUACCUGGGCACAAACUGGGCUCCAAAUUCUAAAUUAUUACAUAGUUUUGGCAAGGAUGUUUUCAAAAAUGAACAAGCUUGUAUGUCAGACCCGGUUGGUGUUGGUUCAUUUGUUAUCACCAGUGAUAAUCAUGUUAUAUUAUUGAGAAGAAGUAAUGAUUGUGCUGAAUCUCCUGGUUUGUGGGAUUGUCCUGGUGGUCAUGCAGAGCCAGAGGAACUGGUGGGGAAAAAAAGUUUUGAAGAGAUAGAUUUAUCAAGUAUGACUGGUGAAGCAGUUGUAAAAGAAAUCUUUGAUUCUAUAAUUAGAGAGAUACGAGAUGAAGUCAACAUUCCAGAACAUUGUUUAUCAGCCCCACAACUUAUUGGUAUAGCCCUAAAUACUACCAGUGCCUGUAGACCUAGCAUUGAAUUUAUAGUACAGUGCUCAAAAUCGUCCACAGAAGUGGUAUCCUUAUAUAAAGAAGGCAGUCAAUCAGAAGCCGAAGAAUCAACCAAUAUAAUGACUCUACCACUUAAUGAUAUGGUUUCACUAGAAGAAUCCCAUAGGGAAAUCUGGGACAAUAUGGCCCCAGCUGGUAAAGGCUGUAUUGUAUUAUAUAGAUUAGCUAAUGGUUUAUAUGAUAUAAGUAAACUUAAUCAAUAG